CGUUGUUUUUGAUCUCACCACCUUUCAACUCGAACCCCAAUUAAGUAUAUGAUGCAGCUAGCUAGCUAGUCCAUUUUAUCCACUCCCACAUUCCUCUUGACCCAUUGAUGAAAAGAAGAACGUAUAGCCAGCCAGCCAUAUCUAUCUAUGGCUUUUUGAUUUCAUGAUAAAUACCACUACUACUACUACUGCUUCACGGCCGCUACUCCGUCGUCGCCUUCGAGUCGCUUCAUCUUCGAUCGCUUUAUAGAAAAAUGCUGCCUUUUGAUCACGAUCGGCAACUGGAGCUAAACCCUAAUUUGCUUCCGACCUUCUCCUACUUCCCUUCUAGUACUGUUCCUGCUUUUUACGGUACUACCGCAGCUGGCUUCGACGGCCGGAUCGUCUUCGGUUCGGCUGCCGUCGCGAAUGCAAGUGCAAGUGUUCUUCCUGCUGCUGCUGCGGCUGCUGGUGCUGAGGGCUCGAGGAGAUCAGGGGAUAAGAGAUCAGUUCAGAAAGGUACGAGAAAGGGGAGGCACAGCAAGAUAUGCACGGCGAAGGGGCCGAGGGACCGCAGGAUGCGGCUUUCGAUCGACGUGGCGCGGAACUUCUUCCGGCUUCAGGACAUGCUCGGGUUCGACAAGGCCAGCAAGACGGUGCAAUGGCUCCUCACCAUGUCCAAAGCGGCCAUUAAAGAACUCGCCUUCGUUUCCUCAUCCAAGAACGGGACUUGUUCGGGCAACCAGAGCCUGAGGAGCACUGGAUCAUCAACAGCCUUGCCUCGCGAUGAUGCCUCCGGGUCCAGGAAAGCUACCAAGUCGUCGUCCAAGACGAAAUCAAAGAAAGAAGCCAUAAAGCCCGCGAAGAAGACCGAGCUCCACUCGGCGCAGGCCAAAGAACUGCGAGCGAAGGCGCGGGAGAGGGCGAGGGAGAGGACCAGCGUGAAGCGAAGGAUGCUGUCUUCUUCCUUCCCGAUCGCCCUGGAUCCCACUAGGGUCGACGUGAGCUCGUUCGAUUUGAAGACUCUACUCGAUCAGUUUGCCGAUCAAGAGGUGCAAGGGGACCUUCGAGUGCCACCGCCCAACCAUUCGAGCGAGGAAGGCCCCAUCUUCGGCAAUGGUCCGGCCACCAUGGCAGAAAUGAACUUCGCCAGCUACAUCUUUGAAGAACAGUGGGAGAUGGAAACCCUUUCCUUGUACUCAAGAUCAUAGAAUAAUCGAUAUCGUCCCAAUCAGUAAUAUUAUCAAACUUAUUGCCUUAUGAUUCUAGUGCCCUUAUAAUCUAGUUUGCUAGCUAGUUUAUCAGUGUGCUUAAUUUUCAUUUCUAAUAUGAUCAUGCCUACUGUAAACUUGAUGUGACUAGGCAUCUGGCUAAAUGUUUGUGAUAUAAAGAAGAAACUAAUUGUUGAUUUGUAGCUUAAACUUCAACAAUCUUGCAAGUUUUUCCUCUGAUACUGUUGGAAACUAAUUAGAACUACUCGAACUGUAAUAGCUAAGCUUCGAAACACUGAG